AUGGGGAAAGAUACCACAUAUAUUAGUGUUUCUGAAAAUAUCUUUGCAACAUGGCUACUUGCUGUGGCCUUUGCAUUAACUUUAGAUUCGUUUACUCGAGCUUUAAUAGAAAAAAAUAUCGGUAAAGGAUAUUGGCUUAUUAUUCCCGUAAACAUUUCAAUCCUCAUCAAUGAAUUACUUAUGCCUUUCUCAACUUCUGCGAGUGCAUAUUGUACAAGCAACUCUUUACCAGGACCAAGUUGUCAAUAUGUAGUAAGCUUUGGAAAGUGUCCAUCUUCUUCAACUGUAAACCUAUAUCUUUGGACAUUUCCAAUUAUACAAUUUUUUUACUUGACAUCCAAACCUCUCGUGCUACAUCUUGCAUAUGUACGCUGCGCUGCAGUCUUUCGGCCAUUUAGAAGCCUCGGAUUUUUAUGGUUUCACCGAAUUUUGUUGACAUUACGCACUUUAGAGUUGUCAUUUAUUUUCGUUCUCAGCAUCUUUGAUAGUCUUAAGUGUCAAGGAACAUACUGUACUCCUUUCUGUGAAUCCGUACUUCUAGUUUAUAAAAUAAGAGAAUCUAUAGUGACAAUCUUUCGUCUUUAUUACAUAGUUUGCGAGUCAUUGUUUUAUAAGAAGCUAUUUUAUGAGAUACGAAAGAUUCGUAACGAUACUGAUACAUUACGAACUCUUUACCACCAGACAACUUUAUUCACUAUAGAUAUAUUGCAACUCACUACAAUAUGUGUUUUCCGAACUGCAAAAGCUGCGGGUGCUAAUUUACCAACUUAUACUUAUGCUGAACUUUUCAGUACUGCAUUCACAAUUUAUGUGAUGACUAAAUUUGUGGAUAGGAUUCCUUGUCUACUUGAUGAUUAUUAA